GAGCGCUCAAACACGCUUCGAUCAACUUCGUUCUUCUCCUCCAUGCCUAAAUCCAUCUAAUCUCUCUCUCUCUCUCUCUCUCUCUCUCUCUCUGCCUGCCUGUCUUUUUUGUUUUGUUUUUCUUAUAAAAAAAGAAUGCUGAUGUGAUCUGGGUUUCACGUAUUCGUGUCAAAGUUGACAUCUUUUUUGUUGCACUAUUAUUAAAAUGGGAGAAAAUAAAUAAAACCAUAGCCAUAGUCAAGAGACGUGCCCAUGCUCCUCUAUAUAUCCAUAAGCGUAUAGUUUUGAAAUUGGGAGUUGAGGCAUGAGUUGUGUUCUUUGGGUUGGGUGAAAUUUCCAAUCUUUUCCUCCCAAAUUGAGAAGCAGAAGAAGAAAUUUGUGAGGGGUAAUCUCAUGGAGGAGACCUUUGUGCCUUUCCGUGGAAUCAAGAAUGACCUCCGUGGGAGGCUGCUGUGUUACAAGCAAGAUUGGACUGGUGGGUUCAGUGCUGGCUUCAGGAUCUUGGCUCCCACUACAUACAUAUUCUUUGCAUCAGCAAUUCCAGUCAUUUCUUUUGGUGAACAGCUAGAGAGGAAUACUGAUGGAGUUCUUACAGCUGUUCAGACGUUGGCUUCAACUGCGAUUUGUGGCAUUAUCCACUCCAUCAUCGGAGGACAGCCUCUGUUAAUAUUAGGAGUGGCGGAGCCCACUGUUAUCAUGUAUACAUUCAUGUUUAACUUUGCCAAACAAAGACCAGAUUUGGGCCGUGAUCUGUUCCUUGCAUGGUCUGGAUGGGUAUGUGUGUGGACAGCAGCUUUGUUGUUCCUUUUGGCCAUUUUAGGAGCUUGCUCCAUCAUCAACAGGUUUACCCGCCUGGCUGGAGAGCUAUUUGGGAUGCUUAUUGCCAUGCUUUUCAUGCAGCAAGCUAUCAAAGGAAUUGUAGAAGAGUUUCGCAUUCCAAAACGAGAGAAUGCGAAUUCAAUAGAGUUCACGCCUUCAUGGAGGUUUGCCAAUGGCAUGUUUGCUUUGGUUUUGUCAUUUGGUCUACUCAUAACUGCAUUAAGAAGCCGAAAAGCAAGGUCGUGGAGGUAUGGAACUGGUUGGCUUAGAAGCCUAAUAGCAGACUAUGGGGUACCAAUUAUGGUGCUAGUUUGGACAGGGGUGUCAUACAUACCAUCACAAAGUGUCCCAAAAGGGAUUCCAAGACGUCUCUUCAGCCCAAAUCCAUGGACGCCCGGUGCAUAUGAGAACUGGACUGUUAUUAAGGAAAUGCUGGAUAUGCCCAUUCUCUACAUAUUUGGAGCUUUUAUUCCUGCGACGAUGAUUGCAGUCCUCUACUACUUUGAUCACAGCGUGGCAUCCCAACUUGCUCAGCAGAAAGAUUUCAAUCUCAGAAAGCCAGCUUCUUUUCAUUAUGAUUUGCUUCUUUUGGGGUUUCUGACCCUAAUGUGUGGCCUUAUUGGUAUCCCUCCAUCAAAUGGUGUUAUUCCACAGUCUCCAAUGCACACUAAAAGUUUAGCUACUCUUAAACACCAACUGCUUCGCAACCGACUUGUCGCAACAGCACGUGAAAGUUUGAAGAGCAACUCAAGCCUGUCACAGUUAUAUGGAAACAUGCAAGAAGCUUAUAGAUGGAUGCAAACGCCUCUUAUCUACCAGCAUUCAUCACCAAUAGGACUUAAAGAGAUGAAAGAAUCAACCAUUCAAUUGGCAUCAAGCUCAGGCCACAUUGAUGCCCCGGUUGACGAGACGCAUUUUGACAUUGAUAAGGAAAUUGAUGAACUGUUGCCCGUAGAGGUCAAAGAGCAGCGAUUGAGCAACUUGCUUCAGGCAACAAUGGUGGGCGGAUGUGUUGCUGCGAUGCCUGUAUUGAGAAUGAUUCCAACCUCAGUGUUGUGGGGAUAUUUUGCUUAUAUGGCCAUUGAAAGUUUACCCGGGAAUCAAUUUUGGGAGAGAAUAUUACUCCUCUUCACUGCACCAAGCAGAAGAUACAAAGUUCUGGAGGACUACCAUGCGAGUUUUGUGGAGACGGUGCCUUUCAAGGCAAUUGCGACAUUUACAUUAUUUCAGACAGUGUAUUUGCUGGCAUGUUUUGGGAUAACAUGGGUUCCAAUAGCCGGCCUCCUUUUUCCUUUGUUGAUUAUGCUUUUGGUUCCAAUACGGCAAUAUGUGCUGCCCAAGUUCUUCAAAGGCUUACACCUUCAGGAUUUGGAUGCAGCAGACUACGAAGAGGCACCCGCUGUUCCAUUCAGCCUUCCUACGGAGGAUGAAGUUGGCGCGAGUGCUUCUACCAUUGGUGGUGGUGGGAGUGGGGAGAUUCUAGAUGAGAUCAUGACAAGAAGCCGGGGUGAGAUCAAGCACAUCAGCAGUCCCAAGGUGACCAGUCUGACAGCAAGCCCAGCCCCACAAGAUCUGAGCCCGCGGUUCGCAGGGAGAGCUUACAGCCCGCGAAUUCGCAGGCUGAGAGGAGAGCGAAGCCCACUGUCUGGCAUCAAAGGAGGAGGAGGAGGAGCUUUCAGCCCUGCUUCUACCUAAGAUCCCACCAGACAAGAAAGACAGCUUCAAAAUGAAUCACUUGUUUCUAUUUGCUGCAAACCUUUUUGCUCCUUUAACAUUACCUUAGAUCCAUCCAUAAUGUAUUGAUGAUGAUGACUCAAAUGGUAAUAAAAAAAGAAGUAUCUGUAUGUAAUCAUUAAUCCUCACUAUGUAUUGCUGUUGUUUACUAUGAUUAUUAAUGAAUGUACAAAGUAGUGUUGGGAUUCUAAUAAACUGAAAUAAUGUACACACUACAAACAGAAUAUAGUACAGUACUUAAA